AUGGCGGCAAUAAGCUCGCGGCCGCCGCAGCUUGAGCUGCGGCACUACCUCAGCCUGGGCCGCGCGGUCGAAAGCUGGAGGCUGCCUGUGCACCAUCGCAGCCUGCGCCAGCAGCACAGGCGCAUGCAGUCAGUGGCUGCAGCAGCCCCAAAGAAGCAGAGCGGCGGCGGCGGCAGCGGCGGGCGGGCGCAGGGCGGAGGCAAAACGCAGCGCGGCUUCGGCGAUGCUGGUGGCAACAAGCGGGGCAGCGGCAGCAGCGGUGGCGGUGGCGGCGGCAGCGGCGGCGGCAGCAAGGGCAGCAGCGGCCAGGGUGGUGGCGGCAAGGGCAGUGACCAGAAGCGGCAGCAGCAGGGCGGGUCGAAGCCGGCCAGCCAGCAGCGGCAGACGGUCAAGGCCCCGCCACCAGCCCAGGUGUCGGGGGCGCUCCAGCACAAGCUCCUGGACGAGCUGAGCGGAUGGGAGCCGGCCCCUGCGCCGCUGUGGGGCACGUUUUGUGGCCACCUGGAGGGGGAGUGGCUGGGGCAGUACGCGGCCUACACGCCCUGGGGGGGUGAGGACCCGCUGGAGGGUGCCCUGGGGGUGGGGGGUGGGGCGGCGCUGCGGGACAUGCAGGGCGACCCCGAGCCAGUGUGGGCGGACGAGAAGGGGCGCUACCUCCUCCACGCGUACAGCCGCGCCACGGAGGGGCGCGACGCCGGCCACCAGGAGGGGGACCUCUUCACGCGCACCACGCGGCGCGGCGCCUACCUCUCAGAGCUGCUGGCCCCUACACCCGCCGCGGCGACGGCCGCCGGCGACCAGCAGCAGCAGCAGCAGGAGGCGGGCGCAGCGAGCAGCGGGGGAGGAGGCGGCGGGCAGGACGACGAGGCGGAGGGCUUUGGAUACAACGCUGACGGCGCGGUGGUGUUUGACGGGGGCGCCUACUCGGUGGGGCCCCUGGACCUGGGUGACCUGCUUGAUGAGGAGGAGGAGGGGCCCUGGGCCGAUGGCGACGCUGCGUUUGACGUUGGCGACGGCGGCGCCUUUGGCGACGGCCCCUCGGUGGAGCAGCUGCUCGACGCUCUGCCCGGUGGCGCCCAGGGUUUGGGCGACGGCGUUUCCGCGGGAGACGAGGAUGACGGGGGGGUUGGAGGGGAGAACGACGAGGCGGGCGAGGGGGAGGAGGACGCUGAGCUGGCGGGCCUGCCUGUGUCUACGGUUGUGGUGGAGCAGGCGCUGGUGCAGGGCGGCCAGCAGCGGCGGCGGCUGGUGGCGACGCUCAAGCUGAGGCGGCCCCCGGGGGGCGAGAUCGAUGUCGAGGUGGCGCGAAUGCUGCUGUAUGUGGAGCACUGGAGCGGCCCGACCGCCAUCACCGGCACCCCCGCAGCCGCGGCACCCCUCCAGCAGCCACCCCCCUCCCAGGCGUUUGGCACGGCGGCGCCCCAGCUGCCGCGCCCGGCACCAGGGCAGCUGGUGGGGGCGUGGAACGCAUUUGGCGUCAGCGCAGCGCCCGUGAGGGAGGAGGACCCCUUGACAGGAGAGGCCAGGGAUGUGUGGCUCUACAUGAGCCGCGAGGAGCGUCAGGAGUGGGCGGUGCCCGGCUACGGCGCCGCGGGUGACGGCGGCGGUGGCGACGACGGCGGCUCGCUGUGGCUGCCCGGCGGGUGCGUGGUUACCUUCCGGAUGGUGCCUGAUCAACAGGCGGCAGCGGGAGCAGCCUCAAGCAACGGCAGCAGCAGCGGCAGCGGCAGCGGCGAUAGCGGCGGUAAUGGAAAGGUCGGGGCCAGCAGCCUGGGCGCUGCCGUCGCUGCCGCGCCGGCGCCGCGCGGGAUCAUUAUGUCGUUUGCAUGGCUGAUAGGGGAGGGCACCUGCCUGACUGUUGAGAGGGAGUACACAGCUUCCGGCGCGCUGCUGGAGGUGCGGCACUCAAGUGCGGUGCGGGGAGGCUGGUCUGGCGGCCGGAUGUAA